UCUGCCCGAUCCGCCUGGAAGCUCAACUGAGAAGGAGACCGUCAUGGAACAUCAGCUGCUGUGCUGCGAAGUGGAAACCAUCAGGAGAGCCUACCUAGACGCCAACCUUCUGAAUGACCGAGUCCUGCAGACCAUGCUGAAGGCAGAAGAGACCUGUUCGCCCUCUGUGUCCUACUUUAAAUGUGUGCAGAAAGAAAUCUUGCCGUAUAUGCGGAAAAUUGUUGCAACUUGGAUGUUGGAGGUUUGCGAAGAGCAGAAGUGUGAAGAGGAGGUGUUUCCCCUGGCCAUGAAUUAUCUGGAUAGGUUUUUGUCGCUGGAACCCCUGAAGAAGAACCGAUUGCAACUGCUGGGAGCUACCUGCAUGUUUGUGGCUUCAAAAAUGAAGGAAACUAUCCCUCUGACCGCAGAGAAACUGUGCAUUUAUACCGAUAAUUCCAUUCGACCUGACGAAUUACUGCAAAUGGAGCUGCUGUUGGUAAAUAAGCUGAAGUGGAAUCUGGCCGCCAUGACUCCACACGAUUUCAUUGAACAUUUCCUUUCUAAAAUGCCCCUGGCUGAAGAAAACAAACAGAUCAUCCGCAAACACGCCCAGACUUUUGUGGCUCUCUGCGCUACAGAUGUUAAGUUCAUUUCAAAUCCACCCUCCAUGAUUGCGGCAGGUAGCGUGGUAGCAGCAGUACAAGGUCUCCACUUGGGAAGUUCUAACACUUUUCUCACCUAUCAACGCCUCACACGCUUCCUAUCACAAGUUAUUAAAUGUGACCCGGAUUGUUUACGAGCCUGCCAAGAACAGAUCGAGUCCCUUCUAGAAUCCAGUCUGCGUCAGGCACAGCAGCACAGCGUAUCUUCAGAAACAAAGACUGUUGAAGAUGAAGCAGACCUCUCUUGCACACCCACUGAUGUGCGAGAUGUGAACAUUUAAGAGGACUCUUAUACUUGUGGCUUGCCGAGCAAUAACACAAACAAAGCAAGGGCAUCUGGGAAGGAGUCAGCAUCGCUAUCCCCCUACAGAAACCCUUUCUCCAGGACGUUUUUAUACCAGAAGGGAAAGCUUCACUCUCUUUGUUUUGUUUUUUUUCUUGCUCUUUCUCCCUUCCAUCUGUGACUUAAAAAGCAAACAAAAAGUACCACAAAAACUGUCUUAAAAAAAAAGAGAAAAAUAGUAUUUGCAUGGCCCUGAAGGGGGGUGGGUCGUGCUACAAAAAUAGAGGAUUUUAUACAACAAUAAUCAACUAGUUUUUAUAUUAAGGUGUUUAUGUCUGUAUGUUGUAAAAAUAGGCAUUAACACAAGAAAAAUGUCUCCAGGGGAGGUAUUAGAUUUGAUUCCUUACAUGUAAAAAAAAAAUGACAAAACAAACCAUUUUUAAAGUAGAAGAGGGUCUUUAGAUAGAAGAAAUAUUCCUUUUGCUUUUCUUUGAAAGCAUAGCUUUAACGCAGUUCCUAGGCUUUUCUGUAUCUUGCUUGCUUAUGCAUUUAGUCACUUUAUAAUUCGUCUGUAAAUUUAUUUUAUUUCGUAGGUUUUAUCCUCUUCACCUUAUAAAUGGUUAAUGUAACCCAUAAGUUACCGUAUCUUAGUAUACAGCAUUAUUUUAUGUUAAUCUUUUUGUGCCUGUGGAUUACCUGUGCAUAAGGCUUGUAGGGUGCCAGCUUAGCAUUGCCUGAAGAGGCUCAAUGUACUACUCAUACGAUACUCUAUUAUAAAGAGAAACCGAAAUAGUGACAUAAUAUAUUAUAUUUUUGUAAUCCUCAUAUUUUUGUAGUUACCUGUGUAUAAAGUGCUGGUUUGACCCAACAGAUUUGCAGCCUGCUCAUGCCCAGGUUAAAUCCACAGCUAGUUUUUGUUUUUAUAUUCUAAAACCAUUCCAUUUCAAAGCACUUUCAGUCCAUUAGAUAUAGGAAAUACAUUCUUUUAUUGUGUGGGAAGUUUUUUUUUUUUUUAAUGGAAUGGUUUGGAAAUAUAUACGUGCUUGUGUGCAAACUUGGAAUUGCAAAGCAAGUGCAUUUAACUAUGGUGUUAGAGAAAAGGUGAUUUUUUUCGAAGGUUGUGUUCCGGUGAGAGAGAAUUGCAUUCACAAAUUGCCAGGAUAUAUUCCUUUCCUUUUCUAUAGAAAAGUUGAAGUUUAGAAAUCCUUUGGUGCCAACUGAUGUUUGUAAAUUAGGGGCCUUAAAGGUUCACCUAUAGAACACGUAGUUUAAGGAUUAUCUCUAGAUGUUUUACAACUGAAGGUUUUUAAACACUAAAAUAUAUAAUUUAUAGUUAAGGCUAAAAAGAAUAUUUAUUGCAGAGGAUGUUCAUAAGGCCAGUAUAAUUUGUAAAAUAAUGCAAUCUCCCCUUAAUUUUAAAAUAUCUUUCUGCCCUUGAUGUUGCAGUUUUAACACAGCUUCUCAAUGAAAGAGACUCUUUUCCAAAAUACCUGAUACGGCCCCAUGAAAACAUUUUCAAAAGCAAGCUAACCAUGAGAAACGCCAUAGUUAAAAGUGUAGAAUUGGUGUACUUGAAAGAAGUUCUUGUUUCAGUGUAUUCCCCCCCCUUUUUUUUUGUUUAGCUACAAAUAGAAAAUUUGCACAUCUUGGCUAUGUAUCUUUUUUUAUUAUUAUUUAGAAAGUAGUUGAAGGGAGGUGGACAUAGCUGUUGAAGUUGAUGCUCGAGGAGAAUGUGAUGGUGAAUUGUAUGUGAGAAACUGCCGUUAAAGGUGUUGAUUGUAAAAUUAAAAAAAGAAAAGGAGUGGAUGAUACUCCAUUUUUAUUGAGCUGCUAUGGAUAAAUUCCCAGCAUGGUUUGAAAAAAAUUAACAUUGCUUUUCUGUAUCUUUGUCAUUGUGUUUUGCUGCUAUUUUGUGGAUCAGUUUUUUUUGUUAUACAAUGUCAUAUACUGCCAUGUUAUAGGUUUUUAAUUUUCUCAUAGAAAAUUAUAUUAUUGACAUUUUUUGUAGAUUUUUUUAUGUGAUCAAUUUUUACUUAAUGUGAUUACUGCUCUAUUCCAAAAAAGGUUCCUGUUUCACAAUACCUCAUGCUUCAGUUAACAAUGUUUAGACCAGGUUUUAAUGUUUGAUACACAGUGCCUCAUAGUUCUACUGCAAACUGAAAUGCAUUUGAACGCUAUUAUUUUGAAUGGGUCUCACGAUUUGCAACGAGGUUGCAUUAAUUUAAAAACAGACAUUUCAGAAGAUCAAGUAAUGUCAGUUUUUUUUUUGUUGUUGUUGUUGUGCGUUUAUAAAGCUGGAUUCUUUGUCUGAUCUGGGGUUUAUCAUCAUAGUAGUUUUAAGCUGUGUUACUAGCCACGUUGAUAUAUGGAAGGUGCAUUAUUAUAACUUUGUCUUAUAUACCAAUUUGGGGGUUAUCCUUGGGCAUCACCAUUUGGUAUGAUAGGAUAUCUUCUGGAACUCUAAGUAUUUUGUGUGUUUAAUCUGUUAUGAUAUACUAGUUUUUGUUAAUAAUAGCAUACUGCUAAUUUAAAAGAAGCCUGUAAAUCUCAUAAUUAAGCCAGCUAACAGAGUUGUAUGCUGAAGAAUAAUCUAGCUGUUGCCUGUAUGCUGCUAAACCAAAACAGAAUUAGAACUUACUUUGAGGGCAAAUGCAGUUAAGAUCCUACACAGUAUAUACAUGCAUGGAGAAAACGCAUUGCAAUGCUACUAGCAGGACCCGGGAGGACUGGAUGCAUCCUGUCCACAUUUCAGGAACAUUUCUUACUGCUUACCUCAGAACCAUUUCUGUUUGUGGCAUCUCUGUGUCUCUGAACCAAACAAUAAUUAUUGAGUUAGUGGUUUGUUGGUUGUAUUAUGCGUUAAACUCAGUGGCAGUGCGUACUUCAAGUUUUUAAAAAAUAUUGUAUGUACUAAAAGGCCAAAGGCUGAUAGCGGGUUCAUGUGUCAACAGAGAUGCUUUAUUUGUCACAUUAUUUACAAAUUUGUAACAAUCUAGAGUGAGUGAGCAAUUCAGAUUUGUACAUGUUUUUAUAUUGUACUUUCGGCAUCCCUGGUCUGAAAUGCACAUUUUCACAAACAGACCUGUAACAGACAAGAUUCCAGCAAAAAAAAAAAAAACAAAAAAACAAAACAAAAACAAAUACAAAAAAAACCAACCUAAAGUCUAGAAAUAAAAUUUGUAAAACCCAA